AUGUUGCCCCAACAGAGUGACACAGGCGUACAGUCUGCCGAAGUCUCAGUAAUAACCUGCACCGGUGAUAGAAGCGAAGUAAGCAACCUAACAACCGAGAAUAAUGAUUAUCGAGCCGAGAUUCCUGUCGCCAAAAUAGAUAUAAUAUCACCUAUUGAUAAUUCGUCGCUUGUGGAGCUUGAGAAUUUUAUUGACGAUUCAUUUUGUAAUAUUAUGAACUCCCGACACAGUGAAGUAACGAAGGGUACUGUGGAACAAGUAUUUGUAAAUUCUACCCCCUUUAAACAACGCGAGAGUGACAACGCCACUACAAAAAAUGCAGUAUUUGACAAUUUUAAAGAGAAGGUUGAAUAUGAAAUAUCAAAUUUAUUGGCUAAACUCACCAAGCAAGACGAAACUAUCAACAUAAAUAAGCAAGAUAUAUGCAAAUUGCGUGAAGAAAAUUUGCAUCUCAAAUCACGUAUCUCCAAAUUAGAAGGAAAGAUGGCCUCGGCCUCCAUAGAAAAAUUCCCUGGUGCUAUUGAAAUAUCUUCUGUCACACCUACAACGCAGUACGUCCCCAUAAGCACUAAGAAAAAGGCCAACGAAGACCGAAUACCGGAAAGUAAUGUGCCUAAUAUGCAGUCCAAUCCAGAAGUUAGUGUACCUACUUAUGAAAAUUUGACCUUGCAACCGCGAACCCAGCAGACAAAUAAGAAUCGUUACGACCGCCCACCAAAGAAUUCCACUCCUUGCCCAUUUCUUCUGCGUCGAGGUUGGUGUCGAAAGGGAGACCGAUGCGACUUUCAGCAUCUUAAACCAUCUCACAAUACACAUAAACAUAAUGUCCCCUGUCCUUUUUUGCAGAACAGAGGCUUCUGUCUGAAAGACGAUCGAUGUGAUUUCUCCCACGCUUGGGUACCAACCAGAAG